AAACACAGACACACAGAGAGAGAGAGAGAGAGAGAGAGAGAGAGAGAGAGAGAGAUCAAAGUUGUGUGACGCAAAAAUGGAGAAGCAUAUGAUCAGUGCAUGCAGAGCUCAUUGUUUAGUCUUUGCCUAUCCAGCUCAAGGACACAUUAAUCCUAUGGUGGAAUUCUCCAAGCGUUUGAAGCACAAAGGAGUGGAAGUUACACUGGUUACCACCCACUUCAUCUCCAAGAACAUACAAAAAGAAGGCAACUCCAUCACGCUAGAGACCAUCUCCGAUGGCUACGAUGAAGGCGGGAGAGCGGCAGCAGAGAACGUCAAAACCUAUUUGGAGCGCUUUGAGAGAGUCGGUUCGAAAAAUUUGACUGAGCUCCUCGAGAAACUUUCCAGGUCAGGCCGCCCUGUUAACUGUAUUGUUUAUGAUCCUUUCUUGCCUUGGGCUCUAGACAUAGCCAAAGAGUCUGGGUUAGUCGCAGUGGCGUUUCUUACUCAAUCCUGUGCUGUCGAUAUUAUAUACUACCAUGUUCACAAGGGAGAGUUGAAACUCCCUCUUUUAGAGCUAGAAGUUUUGCUUCCUGGUUUGCCACCUCUUGAACCUCAAGACAUGCCAUCCUUCAUUUACAAGUGGGGAUCCUAUCCAGGUUCCUUGGACAUACUCGCGCGGCAAUUCUCUAAUGUUGAGAAAGCUGAUUGGGUCCUUUGCAACACCAUUUAUGGGCUGGAACAAGAGGCGGUGGACUGGAUGUCCAAGAUAAUGCCAAUGAGGACAGUGGGACCAACUAUUCCAUCUAUGUUCUUAGAUAAGCGGCUUGAAGAUGAUAAAGACUAUGGUUUCAGCAUCUUUAAACCAAACACCGAUGCCUGUGUGAAAUGGCUAAAUGAUCGUCUGAAAGGGUCUGUUGUUUAUGUCUCUGUUGGGAGUAUGGUCGUUCUUGAAGUUGAACAAAUGCAAGAACUAGCAUGGGGUUUGAGGAUGAGCAACAACUAUUUCUUGUGGGUGGUAAGGGCCUCAGAGGAGUCAAAGCUCCCCAAAAACUUUGUGGAGGAGAUGUCAGAGAAGGGAUUAGUGGUUCGAUGGUGUCGUCAAUUGGAGGUCUUAGCACACGAGGCAGUGGGAUGCUUUGUAACACACUGUGGGUGGAACUCUACAUUGGAGGCCUUGAGCUUCGGUGUUCCAAUGGUUGCAAUGCCACAAUGGACAGACCAGAGCACGAAUGCAAAGUAUAUUACGGAUUUUUGGAAGAUGGGACUUAAAGCUCCGGUGGAUGAGAAAGGAUUAGUGAGGCGAGAAGCAGCAGCGCACUGCAUAAGGGAGAUAAUGGAAGGAGAGAGUGUAGAAGAGAUAAAGAAAAAUGCAUUCAAAUGGAGAAAAUUGGCAAAAGAGGCUGUUGACAAAGGUGGAAGUUCUGACAAAAACAUUGAAGAAUUUGUAGCUAACCUGUUUGCUGGUAACUUGUAAGUCCUAGUCAGAUGAUCUUCCCUUCCAUCAACAAAAAAGUUAUAUCCACCCAAAAAAAUAUUAUAAAAGAAGUUAUGAUAUGAUAUGGUUUAAUGUGAUAUAAUAUAUACGUGGUUUAGAAUAAAAGACAUCAAGAAGUUAUUUUAUUUUCCUUUUAUAAACUUAUAUCAAUUUACAUCAAAGUAUAUCAUAUUUACUUUUUGUAAACAACACUGUUAUUCCCGUAAUUUCCAAGUUGCAUCGAUCUGUUUCGGCUGCAUCUGUAAUAAUGUGUCAUGGUUUGGGCUGGGAUUGUUUCAAAGGCCAUUCUGUAAUCAUGUCCAAUGUCAUAAGGCUUUGCUUCUUUUUCCGCACA